CGGAACGUGUGUGCGAGUUAUGAGUUUGCCUAUUUUUUAACAUUGCGUGUUAAAUAACUGUGUCAUGUUAACAUUUUUGCCUUGAGCAUAACAUCAAGCUAAGGUCUUGGCAUACAUAGCAUUUUUAAAUGAGCAUGUCGCUGUCGCAGAGUGAAAUCGUGUGUGAUUUUGAGUCUCCGCCGCUUCCUGAGGGACCUGAGCUUCAAGAAGAAAUGUCCCCAUGUGUCCCGGGACAAGAUAAAAUCUCCACUGUUUCCAGAAUAUUAACCCCUGACGAACUGGAGAGACUCGGCUCAGAGAGGAAUCUGGUCUCAGACUUCAAACAGAUGAAGUUGGAGAAAGAAGCUCAGAAAAACUGGGAUCUGUUUUACAAAAGAAACACCACCAACUUCUUUAAGGACAGACACUGGACCACCAGGGAGUUCGAGGAGCUCAAAGCCUGCAGAGAGUUUGAGUCUCAGAAGCUCGUGCUGCUGGAGGCCGGCUGCGGUGUUGGAAACUGCAUCUUCCCUCUGCUGGAGGACGACCUCAACAUCUUUGUUUAUGCCUGCGACUUCUCACCACGAGCUGUUGAGUUUGUCAGACAAAACCCUCUGUAUUGCCCCGAGCGCUGCAGUGCGUUCCAGUGUGACUUAACCAAAGACGAUCUGAUGGAAAACGUGCCCGAAGGCAGCGUGGACGUCGUCACUCUCAUCUUCGUCCUGUCGGCCGUUCAUCCGGACAAGAUGAGUCUGGUCGUGAAGAACGUGUACAAGGUGCUGAAGCCUGGAGGCGUCGUCCUGUUCAGGGACUACGGUCUGUACGACCACGCCAUGCUGCGAUUUAAAUCUGGCAGCAAGCUGGGGGAGAACUUCUACGUCCGCCAAGAUGGAACAAGGUCUUACUUUUUCUCCAAAGAGUUCCUGGCCGAGCUGUUCCAGGACUCCGGCUUCCGGUCCGUCUCCAACGACUACGUCCUGCGAGAGACCAUCAACAAGAAGGAGGGGCUGUGUGUUCCCAGAGUCUUCCUGCAGAGCAAGUUCAUCAAACCGCUCUGAACUUGACGUUUUCUCUCCGUCGGCGGACUCGGUAAGUUUCACCUGACAGGAAAAACUCCUGAAACUGACUGGAUCAAAGUUUAUGUCUGCGUGGAUCAUCGCAACAUCUCCGACGGAAACUCUGACUGACCGCCGCAGCGUUUUGACUGCAGGGUGGGUUUAUAUUCAGACUGAUGGAGAAAUCCAGAAUCUUCUGAACGCGAUGGAUUAUUUAUCUGGAUUGAGAACCAACAGUUUUCCCUCGAACUUUUUCACUUUCUUCAGAUUUGGAUGACUGAAACUGUCAACCUGAGAAGCUGUUUAGAUCCAUCACCUGCAGUGACUUCACACACACACACACACACACACACACACACACACACACACACACACACACACACACACACACACACACACACCACCCACCUGAGAUUCAAACGUGCGCCUUUUUGGUGUGAUCACAGUGUAAAUUACUUUUUUUUUUUCUUUUAAUGGUUUUUAAUGUUUAGUACAUUUUUUGGUAUAACCACAUUUUUAUCACCAUGAGUAAUUGUAUUUAAUUAUUAUGUUAUGUUUUAUAAAUGUUUGUCGGUUUUUAAUAUGUUUUUUAUGAUAGCUGGUUUGAUCAUAUAAACUAUCUAGGAAUAGAAAAUGAUAAACACUUUUAUACUGUGACAGUAAA